GUAUCUACUACAAGGAGGCCGUGUUCUCUCCAUCUGCUCUGAUUUCCUCAAUGUUGCGGUGCCUCUCUUUGGAACAGUAGAAGUGCAAGAACAGGCAGUAGUGUCCAUUAGCUACAGGCGAUGGUCCAGCGUCCAGCUUCUUCAUCACCAGCACUGCUUUCAUUCCUCACCCAGACACAAGAGGUUUUCACAAGACCUUGAAAAGACAUCUAAAAAAGUCAGCAGGUCUGCUGUAAGUGUUGAACCAACUCAUGUUGAAAUUACUGAUGAAUGUGGAGGCCAGCACCGUCUCAAUCUCAGCAUCUUAGCCACAGAUGAUACCUGGGGAGCUCCCUCUCUGCUCUCAGCCAGGCUUCAUGGAGGGAAUGGCAAGGCAGUUUUCUCACAGGUACACUUGGAGAGAGACCCGCAAGAAUGCGUUGGGGCAUCAGAUGUCCCCUCCAAGCUUUCUGUCAGUAAUGAGGCACGAUUAGAGAUUUUAAGGGACCUUCUGAAUUCAGAGCUUAAUAUGGACACCACAGGGAGCAGUUCUUCCUGUGUUUACACUUCAGCCUAUUUCCUUGGAAGACAUGAGUUGAAGCAAGACCUCCUGAACAGAUUACAACCACACCUUGAAAACCAAGAGUUGAAACGGCCUCAGUUAAUCCUCCAGUUUGUUAAUGCAAGAGAGAUUGCAAAACAGGCUGAUGAAGACUUGCUGCCUCUCCUUAUGAAUGCAUGUCCUAUGACCUUCUCCACAGUUAGAUACUUUGAGACACUCAAGACCACAUCAAUUGGUCGCUUAGUGAUUUACUGUGAUGUAAUGACCUCCAGCAUGAAGGUAACAGCUGGACACCCCCCACUUAUCCAUGGCAUCACAGUGGUGCCGACACAGCAGACACAGGGUAAAGGUCGAAGUGGGAAUGCUUGGUUGUCACCGCUAGGAUGUGCUAUGUUUACCACACAGCUCCACAUCCCCCUCUCAUCAAACUUGGGACAACAUCUCCCAUUCCUGCAGCAUCUCGUUGCCAUUGCAAUAGUGCAAGCUGUGAGAGAGUACCCAGGAUAUGGUGACAUACCUCUGAACCUGAAGUGGCCCAAUGAUAUUUAUAUUGCUGGUGACACUAAAGUUGGAGGUGUGAUUGUGGAAGCCACCACAAUUGGAAAGGAAGUUAUUGCUAAUGUUGGGUGUGGUAUCAACUUGUCAAACAGUAAUCCCACAUACUGUAUCAAUGAUGCUGUCCGUCAACACAACAAGGAGCACAAGACUUCACUUCCUGAGAUUGAUCGAGAGACAUUCCUGGCAAGAAUAUUUAAUCAUUUUGAGGGCCUUAUAGACACUUUCCAAAAAGAUGGGCCAGAGGCUGUCUGUCCCAUUUAUUACAAGUAUUGGUUGCAUAGUAAUGCAGUGGUAACAGUCCAGAACGAAAAUCGAAGCACGGGAAAUGCAGUCAUUACCGGAGUGGAUAACUAUGGUUUCUUAAUAGCACACUUGGUUGAUGGAACAAUGAUUACUCUCCAGCCAGAUGGAAAUUCCUUUGACAUGAUGGAAGGGCUUAUCUAUUCCAAACUCCAGUAACAGAAAAUGUAAUAUAAAUAUUUUAGUGAUGGUUGAUUUUGCAAGAUUUGGUGGUUGUUUCUUCAGUGUUAAGAGGAUGCUUAAAGCAUAAAUGGUUGGCUGAGAUUUGGUGUUGAAUUUUUGAAUGAUUGUGACUGAUAUGAUAUUGUUGCAAAGUGUUGAGAAACUGCAGUUACCUAACUAGAGUCUUUUAUUAUAUGUAUAUAUCGGAAACUAAUUCUAUCUGUUAUUUGUUAUAAAGUUGAAUAUGACUUUUUUUGUAAUGUUACCAAGUAUUAUUAUUUUUUACUUAAAAGAUAUAGGAGACUGGCAGAGGGGAACUUCGAAGCAAAAAUAUGUAAGGACAGGAAGUGCUUUGUAAAGUACUUAAGCAUGGGUAAUGAAAUUUAGAUGUGAGCACUUGCAUCUGUAAUUUACAUUGUUAAAAAUGUAUAAUUGGAUGCAACAAAAAUUUGUUUUGAUUAAGAACCAGUGUUAUAGUGCCAGAACCUGUGAUUGCAUCAUAGAAUAAGAAUGUGAAAUCCUUUAUAAAAAGGAGGAAGAGGUAAUGUAUUCUGUUUUCAGAAAAAAUGUAAAUUGACUUUGCAGAGGUAGAGGGCAAAAAGAUAAUUAGGCAAUAUAUCCUAAAUGUCUGUGCCUGUAAGCAUAUCAAAUCAAAUUGAGCCACAAAUUUCUAUUUUAUCUUCUGCAUUGCUGAACUGGUAACAGACAUCUUGUAAUUGAACUACCUUGUUGCAAAUAGGAGUCAAAGAGAGAAAUAUUGUUUUCUUCAUAUUCAGAGAGUGGUUGUUUUAUGACUAUCUUCAACUUGGCUACAAACUUCCAGCAUAUGUCUUCACCCAAUUAGUUUUUUUCUCUAAAUUUCCCUUAUUUUCUACAUUCAGGUUGGCUUCCAGAAUGUGAAACAAGAAGCCCAGAUGAUUCCUAUGGAUAUCUUUAAAUCCUCAAGUUAUAUUUUGACAUCUUUGGUAUUACCAUGUCUUCUACUGAAGGUUGGACAUAAAACAACACAUCACUUAUGGUAUCAAAUUCAGAAUUGGAUAGUUACGUACUGUGAUAAAUUUUGAUGCCUGAUGAGCACAGUAAAUUAAAAACAACAAAAAAAUUGACAAGUCCUUAAAACAUGUUAAAGAGCUGUGGAUAAGCCCAUUGUAGGGUUGUAAAUGUUGAAGAAUGUUUUUGUACAGAAUUGUUUCCAGCAUUGAAAGAAAAAUAAAACAACUUUGGUACUUUGUUAAACCUACUUCUUUGUGUGUAUAUGCCUUAGGUCCUUCUCAGUCUCUGAGACCUGCCUAACUUAGGUGGUGUUUAAAACGAAAGGAAAACUUAAUCAUGUAAAUAUUUUGGGUGAUAAAUGGAAGAUGGCAAAGUGAGGAGCCUUUGGUCACAAAAAGGCAAAAUUUGCUCUGUCGAGUGUUUGUCUGUUGCUGUUAACAGUGGCUUGUAGAAGUCUUGUCAGGCACAGCUGACAUUUGCUCGUAGUAUAUAGUUGGUCACUUCUGGUUGUCGCAGUUCAUUGACAACCAUCUUGUUUAACCCACAUGUCCACUCACUGUAUCUGUGUUGGUUGAGCCUUUUAUGCUAAAAUCCCUCUUUGCUAUUAAUGGCCAGUAAGACUUUUUCUGGUUUAAAAGUUAUGCUUCCAUUUAUAUCAAAAGGGAAAGUCAGUGGAUGUUUAUCACCCAGAGUGUGAUAUUUUGUAGUUCCUAGUUAGGAAAUGGAGAAUUUAACUGAAUAACAUAAAAACAAUUCAGUAAAUUGUGACAGAGGAUUAGUAAAUUUGUAAGAAAUUUUUAAAAUUGUGGAUUGCUUUUGUUAAAUCAAUUCACAUGCCUCCAUAUUCACAGAAAAAAAUUGCCUAAGGCAUUAAAAAAAGUGUGAUUGCCUGGAAUUGAAUUCCUCAUCCAGUAAUGAAUUGGAAGGAUGAUGCAACAUAAAUGGGGAAAAAAAUCAUACCGAAGGAAAAAUAAGCCUGAAGUAAAAUGGGUCAUAUUUGAGACAAGGCUUAAAAUCUGCAUAUCCAUUUUAUGAUCUUCAGCCAAAAUAUAUCUUGCCGUUGCUGGUUCAUUGGCGAGUGUUGAUGUUGAUGUAAGAUUUGUAUAUUUUCUUGGGAUUAUUAUUAUUUUUAAGGAUAGGCUAUAUUGUAAUACCUGGUCUAGAUGUUUCCAUCAAUUGUAAUGAAAUUUGUUGUUUCCAUGGCACCAGGGAUUCCUAUAUAUUUCUUGAUCUCAGAACUGAAAUGCUCAUUAUAACAAAAAUUUAAAACAGCAUCUUUGGAUUGUUGGUAUUUUCUUAUACUGUUUGUAUAAGAAAAGUAAAAGAUUUCUUGUAUAUUCCAGUGCCAGGAAACAUGAACUAAUCAUAAAUGAAAUAUUCUCAGUGUUUAUGUAUUGUACCAAUAGAUAGUAAAUGCUAAAUAUUUGGCUAUGUAAUAAAGUAUAUUUCUGGCAAAGUGCAAUAUAGGAGAGGUAGAUGGCUCUGCGGACUUCAUAUUACCAUUACCAGACCAGAGCUGUGGGAUGCUAUCAGCUUGCUCAUAUUAACUUCCUUGUAAUUUCACCAACAUCUAUUUACCAUAUUUACAUUUGGCAUCAAAGCAAAUUACAGGGUUGUUUGUAAAUUGUGAGAAGUGAUGAGCUUUGAUCAGGUGAGAGUGAGAGCCAGAAGCUCCUCAAGAGAUAUGUUGUGCCAUUAUUUAUAAUUCUUCUUAUUGUUUAACUCCUUUUUGCAAUGGAUCCCCUUCAGAUCUUAUACUUCGUACAUACCGUGAUAUGAUUCUCUGUUGUCAUUGUUGAAUUGUUUAAGAAAUGGAUAUAUUUUCAUAUAGAUUAUGUAUCUCUUGAAAGGAGAGCAUUUGAGUUCUAAAACUUGUGCUCUAUUGAUUAUCUAGUCUUAUAUGUAACAUGUUGUGUCGUAUUUUCCAACAAGGUGAAGGUAGGUUUGUCACAAGCAAUGCAUAGUGUGAGGCUUGAGUAUCUUCAUGUAAUUGUUGAUGCAAUAAUCACUUAUUUCUUGUUUUAGUGUGUGGGUAAAACUAAUGAGCAUGUAAAAUUUUCAAUGUCAGUUCAAGAAGACUGAUGAUAAAUAGGUUUUUCUUCGUUUCUUUUUUUAAUAGUUACUCCAGGAUUUUUACUUGUAAAAUAGGUUUAAUAUUAGUUAUUUUAUGAAGUAUAAAUAAAUAUAUAUAACAAGAAGGUCAUGUACUAAGAAACCUACAUAGAUUUUUGUGCCUGCCAUGACUGUUAGGAAAAGUAGCUAUUUAUAAUAUUGCCUACCACUGGGGAGGAGGAUGUCCCACUCAUGACGGUGCAUGUAGAACUGUGAUUAUCGCCAAAGACACAUUUUUAUUUUUAUAAUAAUCCUGUUCAAGGAAUUGUAUGGGUAUUUCUUGCCUUAACAGAUUUGCUGACAUGCUUUAUGUUUUGUACCAUUCACAUAAGUAUACUCCAUUGAAACCUAAUAUAUGAUAUAUUAUUUUUGAAAUACAUAAAAACUUAUUACACUUUAAUGGAAUAAAGCCUAGCAUGUGAACAAUUCUUCAUGUACAAACAUCAAAGAGCAAAUCAGGAAGGGCCUUUUUUGAUCGUCAUCAUCAUCGUGUGUGGCACACGUUCCCUAGGGAUUGCAUCUCCAAAAAAAUGUGUAUAUACUGUUGACUAGUAUUAAGUGGUAUAGAGGCAAUAAGGCACAAGCAUGUACUGUGCAUACUGAACAGGUUUAUUGAAAUUGACAGCAAAAAAUAAAACAAAGUAGACUUUAAUGCAGGUAUGAAUGUUUUCUGCAUGAAAGCUCUCAACUGAUUAUCCUAUGUUUGAAACAGUUUUGUGCUUGUGUACCAGUGUCUUGUACGAAGUACUCUGUGAAUAUAUUCCACUAAUGAACAUUAAUAUCACAUG